GUGACGUAACUACAACAACAACGUGCGGUGCUUUUUGAAAGGACAGGUCUCAUUAUGUCCUUUUUACAAAAAUGCGUGAACAAACGUCAUGUGUAGUCGUACUUAAACCAAGCUGGCGAUAGUUGGACAACGUUUCACCACAGGAAGUGAACUAAGGUUUCUUCAGUGAUGGCAGCCUCUUUACCUCAGAAGCCAGGGAUGGUCGGGAUGCCCCCCCAGCAGCAGCAGCAGCAGCCCCACCUGCCGUCCAGUGCUGCAUCAGCUCCAGGUCAGCAGAUGCCUCCUCAGGGAGCUUUGAGAGAGAUCUCCCCCGUGUUCCUCUGCAGGAUUGGACAGGAGACAGUGCAGGAUAUUGUCACUCGGACCAUGGAGAUCUUCCAGAUCACAAGAGCUACUCAGCUUCCUAAUGGCGUGACCCAGAGCCAGGCGAUGUACACGGACCGCUUUGGGAAGCUCCAGGAACACCUUCGACAGCUCGCUCUGCUCUUCAGAAAGCUCCGACUCCUGUACGAGCGCUGUGUGGAGAUGACCUCUGACUUGCAAGAGGGGCCAACAGAGCUUGUGCCGUAUGUCGGGGAGGAGCUGGUUUCUCUCAAAGUGGAUCCCUGUACUCAUGCUAUCAACCAGGAGAGAAAAGAGGUUCUGGAGAAAGUACGUCAGAAGAACCAGGAGAUGAAGGUUCUGAUGGACCAGAUGAGGAACCUGCUGUGGGAUGUGAACGCCAUGCUGACGCUCAGGAAAUGACACCGCCACUUGACGUUUCCACAGGACGAUGAAAAGAAACGAGUUCCUCCACAGAUGUAGGGACUGCGUAAUGGCAAAGAGCAGGUGAACGAAGGGAAUUUCUUUUGGACUUAACAUUUUGGGACCUUCUUCUUUGGGACAUCUUCUUUGUGUUGGCACUUCAUCCCUGAGACUCACCGUACACUAAGAGUUCACAUAAGAACUUCUGGAGUUUUGUAUGUAUUAUGUUGAAGCUUGUGAGCUAUUAUUGAUAUAUAAACAGUUUAGCUUUGUCAGCCUGAAACUCUCCAGACCCAAGAAUUUAAGGCAGCUGUUCUAGUUCUGUUUCCUUCCAUGAGUCUACAACUGUUAGAGGUUAUACUGUCCUGGUUUUUGUAUUGAUGACUUGAAACCUAAAUCGCUUUAGGCCCAAACAACAACAAACUAAAAAAGAAGUUAAAACUACAUAUUCAUGUUGUUUUGGCCCCAGGUGCUGACUCGACACCAGACACACUUAACUCAGCUAAUUCUCGCAGAAAGCACAGAAGCUGGUCCAACGGCUGUGUUUACAAUACAAAGAACUUUCCUUAUUAUGCUCCGUCAGUCGUAAAAACACUAUGGGUUCAGAAUUCAAAUCAGACCCUUGGCAGCUAUGUAUCUCAGGUGCUUUGUACAUAGGUGUGUGUGUAUGUGUGUGCAUGUGCGUAAUGAGAUUAGCGUCCUUUAGUGAAAGACAACACACCUGUUUAGCCUGAGGCUGUUGAGACUUGCCUGCAUGUGAAUUUAUUUUUGUAAACUGUGGCACAAAAGGUAAGCCUACUGUAUCAUUUCUGCUUUGUAUUAAACCUUUUUUUUUCACACAAUGUCAUAA